UUCAACUCUCGCAGCAUGAAAGGUGCAAAUUAUUUUCUGUUCUGCCUGCUGGCCCUGAAGCUAAGCGCCGCAACGAGCAGCAGCAGCAGCAGCAGCAGCAGCAGCGGGACUAAUGAUACACCCAGCGUUGCUCUCACCCGCCAGGCCAUCGAGCUAGGCAUGGAGCCAGCGGCACUGGGAGAAUUGUGGAGAACCAAGCAGCCGGUGAUAGUCAGCAAGCCGGAUGCACAGGGUCAGCUGCAUACGACGACCUACACGCUCUCGCCGGAUGGUCAAAGCAUAAGCAAGACUUCCAGCCAGGACCAGCUGCCGUCAACGACGCCCCCGACGCAGUCGACGCCCAAGCCCGCGGAGAAUCCUCAAACGGACUGGGAGUACUUGCCAUCGAGUGUAGGCAAUCGACGCACUUUCAGCCUGGGCAGCAGUUCGCCAUUUGACGCGCAUUGGCCAAGUUUUCGGGGCUGGCCCAGCUUUGAGUUCCCAGCGGGCGUUACGCCGCAGACAAGCACCAAAACCGAGAAGGAUGAUCAAGGACGCACGGUGACCACCACCAUCAAGACAUAUCGCGGACCUGUGGGCAGCGCCACUUGGUCAGCGGGCGCAGAUCUGAAGCCGAACUGGCCCAGCUUUGAAUUCCCGACGGGCAUUUUGCCGCAGACAAGCACCAAAACGGAGCAGGACGAACAGGGCAAUACGAUUACGACCAGGACACGCACCUACAGUGGACCACUCUUUCGUACGUGGACCACGCUGGGCGGCGAAGUUGGCGGAGGCUUGCCAGCCAGCUGGCAGCCAUCUACUCCUGCCCUAUUUGAUCAGGGCUUGCCGCCAUGGUUUAAGAAUCCAAGAGUAGAUGGAGCUGCUGCUGCACCUGCACCUGGAGCUGGAGCUGGAACUGGAUUUCUUCCAGCAGCCGGAGAGCUACCCAGUUUAGUGCCAACGACUACAGUUAAGCCCGUGCCGGUGCCCACGUCACCUUCUUUCCCCACCCCCCAACCACAAAACGGCGCUUAUCCACCCCUGCCCACGGCGCCGCCCAACGCGUUCGGCGAGCCUCUCAAGCCGGUGACCAACAUCAAUCUGGACGAGCUGCCCGCCACAAAGAUUAGCUAUCGCAGCAGCUUCAAUUCGGUUGAGCCACCAAAGGCCGCCGAGCUGGAGCCGCAUGUGCGGGAGAUGCUGAAUCGCGGCGGCAUCACCGACGACGACAUACAGCGGGCCAAGGAGCUGGGCAACGAAGUGGUGCGCACCCGUGUCCUGCCCGAUGGCAGGACAAUCAAGACGACGGUGCGCGUCAACAACUGGACAGGGGCUGCACCACCAGCAGCAUUUGCACCACUUGCACCACUUGCACCAUCCCCGCCUAGGGAUAGCACCAUCGAGAACUUUCUGUCUCAGGUGCAUCUGACGCCAACGGACAUUCGCAAUCAAAACGGGGAACUGGUCAAAACGAUUGUCGACCAAAAUGGACGCGUCUUGAGCGUCAAAUUUGUGCUGAGCGAUGUCAAGGGAGACGAGGGCCAGCGCGCAGCUCAAGAGCAGCCAACGAAAUAGA